CUGGGAGGGGGACGUUGACUGGCCACUAACGAAGUGCGUGGUUUUGUGAAUUUUUAUCGUUUCUAAGCUAGUUAACACAUGAACUGCAAUUUACACCGUGUACUGGCAGUGGUGGCGGGAGCAAAAGAGCAGAGUUUGCAUCUGAAUGCAAGCGGGGGCUGCGAGUGACUGAAGUGCGGCAGGUAGGAGAGCUGUAUCGGUCAGCCAUGGGAUUCCGAAAGAAGAACAAGAGCCCUCCGGUGCUGAGCCACGAGUUCGUGAUCCAGAAUCACGCGGAUAUGGUUUCAUGUGUGGCUAUGAUAAUUCUCCUCGGCCUGAUGUUCGAGGUACAGUGUUAAACCCUGGAAUGUAUGCUGUACAGAAAACGCCUCGUUUGAACUGUGAUGACAACGUCAGCAGCACUCAAAGGGGACUGGGCGCGAGCGUCUCCCUUCUCAUGUGUCACACCGAUUGCCAAGGAAGAGAGGAGGCCCACUGUGCUAAAUAGUUGCUGGUCAGCUAGCAUGUCACACCAACUAGCUAGUUAUCUAAUAUUACCAAAUGGAUAGAUAGCGCUAGCCAGUUUGCUAUCACAUCCAUGCAUGUGACAGUAAAUGAUGGGGAUUGUUUACAUUAGUCAACUCUCAUUCAAGUCUGCAAACACGUAAUCAAUUGAGUGCUUAAUGUUGUGAACUGAGCUUGCUAGCUAAGUUAGCCAGCUAGCCAACUUGUUCUGAAAAUGAAACACGAUCGCUUGUUGGCUAACUAGCCAGUUCCCCACCCAAUUUGUCAGUCUCAUUGAGUACGUUUACAUGCACACUAAUAAUCCGAUAUUAAACUGAUUAUGGCAGUAAGCAUAUUAUGCAAUAGUCAUGUAAACGCCUUACUCUUAAUCUUCUUAAGGUCAACAUCGAAGUAAGCAUACACCGAUUAAAACACCUGGUUUUCUGAGCAAUCUUUAGAAUUAUUAAAUCAUGUAAACACCUUAAUGGCGUUCCAGCGGUGUAUUUGAUCUGCGCAUGUGCUAGCACCAGCGGCGGGAGACUCCCACCACACAGAACCCACUGCAUCUGCAUCUGCAAGGCAAACGCAGCGUUCCAUUGGAAAUUAAUGUACUUAUGGUGUACCAAAACGCAAAUCACAGUCGGUGUGUUCGAAGCGUCUUAGAAGUAGUUUUCACAUACAAACUUCAUAUGUCCGAAAUCAGAAUUAAAUAUGUUUAACAAAAAUAACAUGUUCGCUGUGGUAGAACGUUUAUUUUGAUUGGCGAUUUUCUGCAUUUAUCAGAGUGCCAUCAGGUAGCCAAAUUUCAGAUGUGUCCAUGUAAACAGGAUUAUUAGGGAAGUCGUUCCUCUAGCAAAGCAUGUAAACGUUUUAAUCGAACUAUUAUAUUAAUCUGGCUAUCCACAAUAAUCGCAAACAUCUUAUUGUGAUUGACUCCUAUGCAUCUGCAUUAUCAGGAAGAACCACCCUUAUUACAAAGUACCAUGACAAGACCUUUUGCUACAACAUUACUUCUUAUUUGAUAUCCUUCGUUUAUUGCAGGUCACAGCAAAGUUUGCCAUCAUGUUCAUCACCGUCCAAUACAAUGUGACUCAAAGUCUUGGUAAGUUUACAUAUUUUUAAUGAGUAUUUAUUUUGCCAGGUAAAUUGAUGCGUUCUCAUUUACAGCAACGACAUGGGGAAUAGUUACAGUGGUGAGGAGGGGGGAUGAAUGAGCCAAUUGGAAGCUGGGGAUGAUUAGGUGGCCAUGAUGGUAUGAGGGCCAGAUUGGGAAUUUAACCAGGACACUGGGGUUAACACCCCUACUCUUACGGUAAGUGCCAUGGGAUCUUUAGUGACCACAGAGUCAGGACACCCGUUUAACGUCCCAUCAGAUAGAUGGCACCCUACUCAGGGUAAUGUCCCCAAUCACUGCCCUGGCUCAUUGGGGUAUAUGUAUACAGUACCAGUGAAAAGUUUGGACUCACCUAAUCAUUCCAGGGUUUUUCUUUAUUUGUACUAUUUUCUACAUUGUAAAAUGUAAUAGUGAAGACAUCAAAACUAUGAAAUAACAUAUAUGGAUCAUGUAGUAACCAGAAAAGUGUUAAACAAAUCAAAAUAUAUUUUAUAUUUGAGAUUCUUCAAAGUAGCCACCCUUUGCCUUGAUGACAGCUUUGCACACUCUUGGCAUUCUCUCAACCAGCUUCAUGAGGUCGUCACCUGGAAUGCAUUUCAAUUAACAGGUGUGCCUUGUUAAUUUGUGGAAUUUCUUUCCUUCUUAAUGCGUUUGAGCCAAUCAGUUGUGUUGUGACAAGGUAGGGGUGGUAUACAGAAGAUAGUCCCAAUUUGUUAAAAGACCAAGUCCAUAUUAUGGCAAGAACAGCUCAAAUAAGCAAAGAGAAACGACAGACCAUCAUUACUGAAGGUCAGUCAAUCUGGAAAAUUUCAAGAACUUUGACAUUUUCUUCAAGUGCAGUCACAAAAACCAUCAAGCGCUAUGAUGAAACUGGCUUUCAUGAGGACCGCCAUAGGAAAGGAAGACUCAGAGUUACCUCUGCUGCAGAGGAUAAGUUCAAUAGAGUUACCAGCCUCAGAAAUUGCAGCCCAAAUAAAUGCUUCAGAGAGUUCAAGUAACAGACACAUCUCAACAUCAACUGUUCAGAGGAGACUGCGUGAAUCAGGCCUUCAUGGUUGAGUUGCUGCAAAGAAAUCACUACUAAAGGACACCAAUAAGAAGAAGAGACUUGCUUGGGCCAAUAAACAUGAGCAAUGGACAUUAGACCGGUGAAGUCCAAAUUUGAGAUUUUAGGUUCCAACCGCCGUGUCUUUGUGAGACGCAGAGUAGGUGAACGGAUGAUCGCCGCAUGUGUGGUUCCCACUGUGAAGCAUGGAGGAGGAGGUGUGAUGGUGCUUUGCUGGUGACACUGUCUGUGAUGUAUUUAGAAUUCAAGGCACACUUAACCAGCAUGGCUACCACAGAAUUCUGCAGCGAUACGCCAUCCCAUCUGGUUUGCGCUUAGUGGGACUAUCAUUUGUUUUUCAACAGGACAAUGACCCAACACACCUCCAGGCUGUGUAAGGUCUAUUUGACCAAGAAGGAGUGUGAUGGAGUGCUGCAUCAGAUGACCUGGCCUCCACAAUCACCCGACCUCAAACCAAUUGAGAUGGUUUGGGAUGAGUUGUACCGCAGAGUGAAGGCAAAGCAGCCAACAAGUGCUCAGCAUAUGUGGGAACUCCUUCAAGACUGUUGGAAAAGCAUUCCAGGUGAAGCUGGUUGAGAGAAUGCCAAGAAUGUGCAAAGCUGUCAUCAAGGCAAAGGGUGGCUACUUUGAAGAAUCUCAAAUAUAAAAUAUAUUUUGAUUUGUUUAACACUUUUUUUGGGUACUACAUGAUUCCAUAUGUGUUAUUUCAUAGUUUUAGAUGUCUUCACUAUUAUUCUACAAUGUAGAAAAUAGUAAAAAUAAAGAAAAACCCUUGAAUGAGUAGGUGUCCAAACGUUUGACAGGUACUGUCUUUGUAUUUAUUUCUAUAACACAAGAUAAUUGGCCUUUAUUACAGUAUUUAGUGCAUGUAUCCAGUACCUUGUAUUUGAAGCCAUUGACAAUUUAUUUUUAUUUUUUUCUCGCUCUCUCUGUUAUCAGAUGAGAGGGCUGAGCAAGUGAACCUGUACCAGUAUGGUCCUAGAGACAUAGCCACUGUGUUCUUCUACCUGCUCAUUGCUGUCAUACUCCACGCCUUGAUACAGGAAUACAUUCUCGAUGUGAGUGUCUCUGCACACAGACCCCAACACACUGUUUGUGUGUGUGCGUGUGCAUGCACGUGUGUGACUGAGAGAGAAAGGAGGAUCUCUGUUUAAUCUACAGAACACAUAGUCACUGUGUGUGCGUGCGUGUCUCCCCCUCUUUUCCAGCCCAAGUGUGAGUCCUAACAUAAGGUCUGGCCUUGUCUCUCUUAUCAGUCUUAUCCUCCUCACCCUCUUAGCCAGUCAAAUAGUAUCCGCCACGACCACUUCCUUCUCUUAGACAGCCCACAACAAAUGAUAACAGACACGUUUCUCCGCGUCAGUAUGCAUGUCUCAUGUCCUAUUCUCUCUGAUUUCAGAAAAUGAAUAGGCGGUUGCACCUGUCGAAAACCAAACAUAGCAAGUUCAAUGAAUCGGGACAGCUUGCUGCCUUCUACUUAUUGUCCUUCAUCUGGGGCUGCAGCAUCUUAACAGCGGUAAGAAGGCCAACGAAACGCUGCCAGGAGCCUGGGAACAUUAUGUGAAGACAAGCUUUCCGUCCGUCGUAUUUGUUCUUUGGCUCAUGCCGUCUCUCUUCUUAUCUGUUAGGAGGAAUUUGCGACAAAUCCUACUUUCUUAUGGGAGAGCUACCCACACACCCACAUGGUGUAAGUAAGGAUUUAUACAUUAAUUUUACGCCUUCAGGUCACUCAUUCAUUAUUUCAACAUGUCAGAGGGACAGGGUUAGUACUCUUUUCAUCACUACUUUUAUUUGGUGUUACCAAGCGUUGUAGAACACUAAUUCCCCACAAGUGUUCUGUGAAGGCUCAGCUGUUUGAGUUGGCACAGUGGAAAGGCCUUAGUGACCCAGGGUGCAUUGCAGCCCCAGUAUUGUGCGUGGGAGUACACUGUCCGGCUGUCUCAUCAAAUCCAUUUUAGACAUCAGGUUCCCCUAAAAUAUUUAUUACGAAUGUGAUGUUUUACUCAAGCUAGACACACAGCACUAAGUUUCUGUCUUUUCCCACCCUCUCCUAAUUUCUCAUUGUGUAACGAGGUGUCUUAUUUCAGUGCAUUUUAUUAGGGGAAAUAGAUUAGGCAGGAAUGCAUAGAUUGUGAACUGAAUAUUUUCUCCCAGAUUACAUACAUUUCUGUUAUUGAUGGACUUUCAUCUAUCUUCGAGAAACAUGUUUAUAAAUGCAUGUAACAGGAUCUAAGUUAUCAUGAUCAAACCUUCAUGUCCCAUCAUAUCCACUCCCUCCCUACAUAGAUAGACUGGAUCUCUACCCCUGCCUGCCUGUAACCUGUCCUCUCUGCAGCUUUCAGGUGAAGUUCUUCUACAUUUGCCAAAUCGCAUACUGGCUCCACGCCCUUCCUGAGCUGUACUUCCAGAAAGUGCGAAAGGUAAGGGUCCAUGAUCACACCUUGGGUUAGGUUCUAAAGAUGACACAUCUGUCAUUUAAACAUGGAAGGAUACAUCUUGUGAUUGUGUAAUUCCCCAUUGUUGCAAUACAAGGUUCAUAUUCUUUAUUCUCCUCUUACAAACCCAUUUGUGACUGUAAAAGUCAUUUUGCACUGAAGCUGCUGUGCCACACACCUACACUGAUACAGCAGUCAUUAAUAAAGGCUAUUUUCUGCUUGUGUGUUUCAGGAGGAUAUUCCACGCCAGCUCUAUUACAUUUGUCUUUACGUCUUCCACAUCACCGGUGCCUACAUCUUGAAGUGAGUAUGCGUCUUCUCAGGGAAAUGGUUAAAUAAGAGGAUAAAGACUAUAUGAAUGGAGCUGUCGUUCAGCAUUUUCUUAUUUAUGCACUUUAACUAGCCAUUGUCUGAGUACUUUUCAAUCUGUGAAGAGGGUUUGGCAUGACAGAGGGGUAAACUCACUCCAUAUCUAUUCCUGUCAUUGCAGAGAAGUGUGUGUGCAUGUUUUACUAUAUUUGUGAUUACCAGAAGUCCUCAAGAAUAAUAAACCAACUAAGUUUCUGAGAAUUGAGGACAUUUUGCCGGUCCUCACUUGUAAAAUGGCUAUUUUAGGGUUAGGGGUAAGAAUUAAGUCUAGGCGUUAUGAUUAGGGUUAGGGAAAAUAGGAUUUUGAAUAUCACAGAGCUGUGCGUACACGUUUUACUAUACCUGUGAGUACCAGUGUGUGUGAACAGCCUUAGAUACAAUGCAUUCGGAAAGUAUUCAGACCCCUUCACUUUUUCCACAUUUUGUUACGUUACAGCCUUAUUCUAAAAUUGAUUAAAUAAAACAAAAAAUCUGCAUCCAUCUACAGACAAGUACUCAGUACUUUAUUGAAGCACCUUUGGUAGCGAUUACAGCCUUGAGUCUUGGGUAUGACGCUACAAGCUCGGCACACCUGUAUUUGGGGAGUUUUUCCCAUUCUUCUCUUCAGAUCCUCUCAAGCUCUGUCAGGUUGGAUGGGGAGUGUCGCAGCACAGCUAUUUUCAGUUCUCUCCAGAGAUGUUAGAUCGGGUUCAAGUCCGGGCUCUGGCUGGGUCACUUAAGGACAUUCAGAGACUUGUCCCAAAGCCACUCCUGCGUCGUCUUGGCUGUGUGCUUAGGGUCGUUGUCCUGUUGGAAGGUGAACCUUCCACCCCAGUCUGAGAUCCUAAGCACUCUGGAGCAGGUUUUCCUCAAGGAUCUUUCUGUACUUUGCUCCUUUCAUAUUUCCCUCAAUCCUGACUAUUCUCCCUGCCACUGAAAAACAUCCCCACAGCAUGAUGCUGCCACUACCAUGCUUCAUCGUAGGGAUGGUGCCUGGUUUCCUCCAGACGUGACACUUGGCAUUCAGGCCAAAGAUUUCAAUCGUGCUUUCAUCAGACCAGAGAAUCUUGUUACUCAUGGUCUGAGAGUCCUUUAGGUGCCUUUUGGCAAACUCCAAGCGGGCUGUCAUGUUUUACCGAAGAGUGGCUUCCGUCUGGCCACUACCAUAAAGGCCUGAUUUGGUGGAGUGCUGCAGAGAUGGUUGUCCUUCUGGAAGGUUCUCCAAUCUCCACAGAGGAAGUCUGGAGCUCUGUCAGAGUGAACAUUGGGUUCUUGGUCACCUCCCUUCUCCCCUGAUUGUUCAGUUUGAUGGGGCGGACAGCUCUAGGAAGAGUCUUGGUGGUUCCAAACUUCUUCCAUUUUAGAAUGAUGGAGGCCACUGUGUUCUUGGGGACCUUCAAUGCUGCAGACAUUUUUUGGUAACCUUCCUUAGAUCUGUGCCUCGACACAAUCCUGUCUCGGAGCUCUACGGACAAUUCCUUUGACCUCAUGGCUUGGUUUUUGCUCUGACAUGCACUGUCAACUGUGGGACCUUAUAUAGACCGGUGUGUGCCUUUCCAAAUAAUGUCCAAGCAAUCGAAUUUACCACAGGUGGACUCCAAUCAAGUUGUAGAAAUAUCUCAAGGAUGAUCAAUGGAAACAGGAUGCACCUGAGCUCAAUUUAGAGUCUCAUAGCAAAGGGUCUGAAUACAUAUGUAAAGGAGGUAUGUUUUUUGCAACCCCUUUUAUUUUAGUAAAAUAUAUUUUAUUUAAUCAAUUUUAGAAUAAGGCUGUAACGUAACAAAAUGUGGAAAAAGGGGUCUGAAUACUUUCUGAAUGCACUGUAUCCCCGGAGAGAGUUUGUGGUGUCUGGGGUGAUGGGUGUGGUUAGUUCCCGAGUGGCGCAGUGGUCUAAGGCGCCGCAUCGCAGUGCAAACUGUGCCACUAGAGAUCCUGGUUCGAAUCCAGGCUCUGUCGCAGCCGGCCGCGACCGGGAGACCCAUUGGGGCGGCGCACAAUUGGCCCGGCGUCGUCCAGGGUAUGGGGGAGGGAAUGGCCGGCAGGGGAUGUAGCUCAGUUGAUAGAGCAUGGCGUUUGCAACGCCAGGGUUGUGGGUUUCGAUUCCCACGGGGGGGGAAAGUAUAAAAAAAUAAAUAUAUGUAUGCACUAACUGUAAGUCGCUCUGGAUAAGAGCGUCUGCUAAAUGACUAAAAUGUAAAAUGUAAAUGUAGUUGUAAACCUGUAGGAAUGUCCUUGCUUUGUCCUCAAAAUACCUCCCAUACAGGCAACCUUUAAACUUCCUACAUACAGGUAAAGUCUGACAAACUAAUUGUUGUGUGAAAGUGGCUAUGGAAAAGUUCAGUAGUAAUCACAGUAGUAGUUAUAUCCUAUCAAAGUAGUAUCAUCAUCAGAAGUACCUCUAACUGGUUUAGCUGACCUCUGAACCUCCUUGGCCCAAUACUAUUUUAAUGGCCUUCCGUUACUCAGCUCCUCUCCUUCAAGACCACUGGUCUGGAAGAUGGGUAAAGACAUCGUAGGGCUUUAAUUUGAUCCUAGUGCUCCACACAUCUCUUUCUGAUCACUGGGCAUGACAGACAGGAGUAUAGGGAAGGAAGGAGGUCGUUCAAGGCUAUUUGCAAAUGGCUUCAGUGUUAUGAUGUACCCUGUUCCCCUGCUGAUGUUGGGGGCUGACUCCCUUUUCCCUGUGUCCUCAAUCGGCCUCAGGGUUGACAUUUUCUCUCAAACAGCCCUCGCAGUGGUGGGCUGUUCUAAUAGAUGGGAGGACACCUACUUGUUGAGGAAAACUCAUUCCACGAAUCAGGCAGAACUUAUCAGCAAUAAGAGUUUAUUUAAUCAAUUGCAAGGGAGAUCACUCUCAGGAUAAACUGGAGAGGAACUCAAAAGUUACAGAAUCAGUCAUUAUAUACUUCUUCUACACGUAGAGCUGAUUGCCUCUCUUAGGGGGAAGCAAGCUUACAUGAGAGAUAAGGGGGACUUCCUUAAAGCAUUGUACAAACAAGAACAGAUUCUAACCAGUCUCUAACCAGUUCUCACAUCCUACAUGACUAAAAGAGGGGAAUGAUGAGUUCUAUUCAGUUAGAAGAAGAAUUUGUCCUUGAGCUGGGCCUCUAGUGCCCGAAGCGAUAAGGAGCCAGCAGCAAAUCACUCCUUUGUGCGAUGUACUAAACAACAAUAUUGGAAGUAGUGCCGCUCAUAAUUGCAUUGCAUGCAUCAAUUAUAGGGCCUUUUACGGUAGAUAUGCAUAAAUCAUCGCUGCUAUCUCCUGGACAACUUUAAAAGAUGCUUCUUGCUGCAAAUGUGAAUAAUAUUUAAUUUUAUUGAGUAGUUCAGUACUGUUAAUCCCUGGACAGAAAAUGUCAUCUGAUGAAGGUCUGUUAUCUAUUUCCCCUGGUGUUUGCUGACCUCCUGUUUCCUGUGUGUUCAGCCUCCACCGGUUGGGCCUGGUGCUGCUGGUACCUCACUACCUGGUGGAGCUCCUGUUCCACGCCUCACGCCUCUUCUACUUCAGUGACGAGAACAAGCAGAAGGGGUAUGUAUGAAUUGUACGCUGGACCCCCCCCCCCCCCCCUCCAUUUUCAUACCAGUCAAUACAAGGAGGGGGAGAAGUUGGGAAUAAUACCUGCAUACAGAGAGCUUUUUAAUUUAAUUUGAAUUAUUGUCACCUUCAGCAAGUCACUUGUGUGAUACAAUGGGAGCUUUUCCUCCCUUAUCGGACUAAAUUGAUUGAUUUGCAUAACCGAUUGUGAUGGUGUCUUACAUGAGUAAGAUGUCACUAUUGUUGCCAUGGUGACUAUAACUCAGAUUCUCUUUUCUUUUCCAGUUUCACUCUGUGGGCACUACUUUUCGUCAUUGCUCGCCUCCUUACCCUCACCCUCUCCGUACUGACCUUUGGCUUCGGACUGCCCCGCGCAGAGAACCAGGGUUUCUCACUUGCAAAGGGCAACUUCAAUGUGCUCACCGUUAGGCAAGUCAUGUUUCUUAAGAUCACUUAAUUUGCCCUGUUCCCCCCUCUGAUUCGGACCUUGAGAGCAAGUUUGAACUUUUCGUCUAUCAAAGAAAGUAAAACGCCUGUCAUUGCUCAUGGCUGGUCCUCAUGUUUCCCCCUUUGCCUCUCAGGAUGACAUGCCUGGCUGCCAUUUGCCUGACCCAGGCUUGGAUGAUGUGGAAGUUCAUCAACUUCCAGUUGAAAAAGUGGAGGGAGCACAGCCAGAGCCAGGCCUCCAAGAAGAAGGCUUUCAGCCCAAAGAGCAAGCCCCACAAGAAGGACCUGGCCCGGGGUGAGUCCGCCGCAGCUGCGUCCUUGGAACACCCACCUCCAGCCAGUGCAACUCUGAUGCAGAUAUGUUUCUGACAUGUUGUUCUUGUUUCUUUGUUUUGUUAGUAGGUUCUGCCAACGGUGUGGUGAAGUCCGAUGACAAGACGUCACCCCGUGCGAGAAAAGCAAAAGCCUCAUAG